AUGAAUAACUACCGUGCCAAAAACACCGAAAAGUGUCCGGACCAGAUUUCUGAAGAUGCAGGUGGACGCCCCCCGUUGUUCAGUAGUCAUUCUGAAUGUACUCCGAUUAGUCAUCAAAUUCAUCGGAAGCUUCCGUCGAUGUCCAUUGGACGCAACUAUAGACUACGACUCGAUAAGAAAUUACGCGAAAUCAACAAGUUAAACGAAACGACUAUGAGUAUUAAGAUAUUAGACGAAGAUCGUCAUCUAUUACAUUGUCCACGUCAAAAAAGCAAAUCCAAAAUCAAAAAACCACAUAAGACGAAUACCACAACUCCAGAUUACAAAUUUCCCGGUGUCGUGCCUCUAGCGGAUGUAUUGUCCGGAAAAUAUCACAAAAAUAAAGCAAAGCAGAGGGAGCAAGAAAAAAUCGCAAAGAAAAUUAAAAAUACUAUGAUAAAAGCACAGAUAUUACCUACAAAUUUUAUCGGACCAUCAUUACAUGCUUGUAACGCAAUGAGUCCAGAUGAACAAUUGAAUGUAUUGAGAGGUAUGUGGAAAAAACAAGAAAACGUAGAAAUCAGCAUGCGUAAAGAAGACAUUGAAACGAUUAAGUACUAUUUGAACGAAGGUAUACCUAGUGAUUUUUAUAAUCCGUUUCCAGAACAAGUAUUAGAAAACAUAAAGGAAAAUCGUAUUGAACCGAAUCUAUUAAAAAAGUAUUAUUUUGUGACGGCAUAUAUGGAAAGUGAAAUACGACAAAAUUAUGACACUGCUUGCAAAACAAUAAUCCUAAAUUAUUUACUGAUGGAUCCAGAUGAACUAAAUAGAAUUGGAAUAACAAAUUAUUAUAGACCUGAUUAUUCUACAAUGCAAAUCAGAGGUCCGAUUCCGUGGCACCAAACAGCUAUUACUCAGAGGGAUCAGCUAAGGCAUAAUUUAUAUAUUUUUAAUGAUACUAUUUUAAUGUUGAAUACUAUAUGGAAAAAGUAUUCUAAAGGUUAUAUUUUUUCAAUAGAAAAUUUAAAAAAAGAAGGAUUGCCUAUAACCCCAAGCUCCUUACAAGAUUUUUUGGAUAAAUCAUGUGAUAAAUUUCGGAACAAAUUAGUAAAUGAGUGGAUUGCGGAAUGUGCUGAGUUAUUUCUGAAAACAAAAGAAAGUUAUCGAGAUUUAUUACUAACACAUGGGAUAAAUGAAACAAAGUAUAAAAUUAAAAAGUUUUUUGAUUGUGUUGCCACUAUUAUGUCCAGGCAGUUGAGACAAAUUGUAUUUAAGUCUUUGAAACAAUUCAUGAAGACAAUACUUGAAUAUAAGAACGGAAAUGUAAUAGAUUCUGAAUAUAAAGACAAAAUGUUCAUAAAUCUGCCAUUUUUUAUUCUACGAGCAGUAGUUCCUAACCAAAAUUCAAUUCAAAUAUCAUUUGAACCUACGCGUGAAGAAUGUUUAAAUCUUUUAUUGUCAAUCCCGAGAAAAAUAAUUAAAACAGUACAAGAUAUACCAAGAGUUGAACAACUACUGUUAACCAAACAACUGAAAGGUGAUUCUACUAUGGUAUUAAAAAACAUUUAUGAAACUGAAGAGGAUGUUCAAAAUAUGUUAAUUGAAGUUGGUAAUGUUCUAGAAAACAAUUUUCCAGGGCCAGAAACUUACAUCACAUGUUAUAAAUCCUACUACUAUUUGUUGAAUGGUACUGAAACUAAAGCCUUCGAUAAAUUUUUUUCAAGUGAUCCAUUUCCAUUAUUGAAUGAAUUCAAUGAAUGGGUCAUCAAGUUUAUGACUAUAAAUGAAGAUAUUCUUAAACUUAGAGAUCGAGUGGAAUUAAAUUUAAUAACAUUAGAUGUAUCUGAGCAAAUUAUUUCUGGGUAA